AUGAGGUCGUCGACGCUGGUCCUGCUCGUCCUGAUCAGCGUCCAGGCUGCACUCAACAUGGGAGGGGACGCCCAGCCGCCAGCCAAUCAGCACGCAGCAUCCCAAACCACACCCACCAUUCAGAAUUCUCAAUCUGACCUCAUACCUACUGUGGACCCCAAACUUUUUAACAAACGCCGCUACCGUUCACCUCGUGUGGUCUUCAGCGAUGUGCCGCCCUCAGAGUCUGAGAUGGGUGGCACCAGUGGGUCAAGAGGCCCGCGGGUUCGCCGCAAAGCCGGGCAGCUCCCUCACCGGGGUGAAUAUUCAGUGUGUGACAGCGUUAACCACUGGGUAGGUAACCUGACCCGAGCCACAGACAUGGCGGGAAACGAAGUUACUGUCCUGCCGGACGUCCGCAUCAAUAACGUGGUGAAGAAGCAGUUUUUCUAUGAAACCACUUGCCGAGUCACCAAAGCCAGCAGCGGGGCCGGGGCUGGAAGAGGAGCCAGUGGAGUCAAACCAGGAUCAACUGGCUGCAGGGGCAUCGACAGCCGGCACUGGAACUCCUACUGCACUAACACACACACUUUUGUACGGGCUCUCACAUCCUUCAAAAACCAGAUCGCCUGGCGACUUAUCCGUAUCAAUGCAGCCUGUGUGUGCGUGCUUAGCCGCAAGUCCUGGAGGCACUGA